AUGAUUGGUUGGCUUGUUUUUGCCGGCGUAUUUUGUUUGGGAUUAUUCGAUUCUACGCUUGGCUGUCAGCGACUUGGAUCACCCGGCUGCUCCUCGUGUGAACAAGAUUUGAAUCAGUUUGACGUCGAUAUAGCCGAUUUCCCUGAUAAGCCACCCGGUGCCGGGCUCUACUCACCGCCAACCGUCUACACUUAUAGCACAAACGCGAACGGAUGUUUGGUGGCGUCGUCGGUGUGCAAUCCGAACGCUGCCCCAGAUCAACCGACCAUUUCCGUGAUCUCGUUCGAUCCAAUUGCUGCUUUAAGCGAUUUGAAUGGAAAUAGCUUUGGCGGCGAGGGAAAUGGCCCCAAUCCGACGAGAAAGAGCGAGUUUCGAUGCCAAGCAGGGCAAUGGUACAGCGUGCAAAAGGACAAUCCAGCGAAAAAAGGAUUGGUGGCUUCCGUUCUCUGCGUCUCUGCCCGUCAG